AUGGUCGCAUUAUGUUUCAGAGACAUCAAAGCCAUGAAAGAAAUCUCUCAUUACGUCGGAAUCACUCUUCUGAUCUGCUAUGACAUCUGCAUCUUCUCCCACCUGGUUAUCGCUUUCAAUCGGAUGUUCGCCAUUUUCUUCCCGCUUUCUUACUCUGCUCAUUUC